GUAAGAAACGCUGGAGGCUCUAAGGUUAAUCUCUCCAUCCAAAAGGGGAGAACUGUGAGAUUUUCAAGAUCUACUCUCGCAGGUUUUUCUACUUCAUAGUUGAAUAAUGGUGGAGCAAUUCUUGGGAACCUGGAAACUAAUCCUGAGUGAAAACUUUGAUGACUAUAUGAAAGAACUGGGAAUAAGCUUUGCCCAAAGGCAACUAGGCAAUCUAGCCACACCCAAAAUGAUCAUCACCAUGGACAAAGAUGUCAUCACCAUCAGAACAGAAACUAUCUUUAGAGUUAAUGAGAUCUCCUUCAGACUAGACCAAGAGUUUGCGGAAAGAACAAUAGAUAACAGACUUGCCAAGAGCAUUGUAACGAAGGAUAAUGACACUCUCAUUCAUGUACAGAAGUGGGAUGACAACCACACUACUAUCAAAAGAAAAAUAGUAGAUGGAAAUAUGGUGUUGGAGUAUACCUUGAAUGGUGUCAGUUGUACCAGAGUCUACAAAAGAGUAUAGAACAUUUCAGUCCCAGGUUAUGUUUCCCUGCUUCUUAUUCUUCCAGUGUGUCCCUGUAAGCAUGGUGCUUCUAUGUGGAAAGAAAUAAAGAAUCCCAUACUGGAAUACGGUUGGUUAUUUGAGUAAGACAGCCUGUCCUUACCGCCCCUUUGUCUACAGUAAAUAAUUUUAGUUAUGAGAUAAAAUUUUCAGG